AUGGAUUCCAAAACAAGCCCAGUCCAGGAGAUACUCUCCUCGGAUUCUGCUGAAUCCGUAGUCCCCGACUACUCUGAAAAGAAAGGCCAUGAUCUCGAGAUCGAAGCCGCGAAUUCCUCAGACCUCGACAUCGACAAUAUCUCGGGACACAAACUCUACAUUCCUGACGAUAACGAUGAAUUCAUAGAUCCGCGACUAAAGGACUAUCCUAUACCACUCGUUGCGAAGACUGUUGAUCUUCACAAUGACGAUACCGAGCCAAUUCUCACGUUCCGCUUUUGGGUUCUUUCUACCUUCUGGGUCGUCAUCGGAUGCGGUAUCUCUUCGUUCUACUACUUCAAGCCGUACUCCAUGUCUCUUACCAGCUACGCUGUCCAACUGUUGGCCUGGGGAAUGGGAUCAGCAAUGGCAACCUAUCUUCCAAAGCGUGUUUUCAACACCUUUGGUUGGAAAUGGAGUCUCAAUCCUGGUCCAUGGAACGCAAAGGAGCACGCACUCAUUGUCGUGGCAUACUGGGGAUCUUGCUACACAGCAUACGGCCUCGGUCCAUUGUCAGCAAUGGAGCUCUACUACGGUAGAAAGAUCAACGCUGGAUGGGGAAUUCUCUUCCUAAUCACAACCCAAAUGAUUGGUUACGGAUUCGCAGGUUUGUUCAGAGACAUCCUAGUCCGACCUCCCGCGAUCUACUAUCCUGGGGUUCUUCCCAACGUCUCAUUGUUCAACGCUAUGCACAGAAACCCCACAGUGACGAGGAGCUCGCUCAAAUUCUUCGGCAUUGUUGCCGUCGCCGCAUUCUGCUACGAAUGGUUUCCGCAAGUGAUCUUCCCACUUUUGGCUUCUCUGCCUCUCAUCUGCUAUUUUGGACACGGCAAUUGGAUCGCUUACAUUUUGGGAUCUGGAUACUACGGCUUUGGUUUGGGAGACAUCAGUCUCGACUGGAAUUAUAUCACGUUCUGGCAGCCUCUGUACACACCACUUUGGGCUAACGCCAACACUUACCUUGGAGCCAUGGCUUUGUGCUGGUUCAUCUAUCCUCUGAUGUACUUCUACAAUUUCCUGGACGCCAAGAACUACGCACCAAUGUCGACUGGAACAUGGGACGCUACCGGGACUAAAUAUAACAUUUCCCGAAUUAUGAACCCGGACCACUCGCUCAAUCAGACAGCCCUUGAUAACUACUCGAUGCCAAAGUGGUCGACUUCCUACGUGAUGUACUUCUUCUGUGGAUUCGCCGCUUCCACCGGCGCAAUGCUCUACUCCAUCUUGUGGUAUGGCAAGCAAGCAUAUGCAGGUCUGAAAGACGGCUGGCAAAAUCGUCGCAGCGAUUACGAUGACCCAUACCUCAAGCUCAUGGAUCAUCUUCCCCGAGUUCGUCACUGGUGGUAUGGAGCACUUCUUGCAGUCUGCGCCGCUCUGGCUCUGGGUCAGCUUUACGCAGCCGACAUGCAACUCCCAUGGUGGGGUUUCAUCGUUAUUUGUGUCAUCUCAUGUAUUUUCACCUUCCCGAACGGUAUUCUCUGGGGUAUCGCAAACAUGCAGGUGGGAAUGCAAUUCCUCAGCGAAGUCAUCGCCGGAGCCAUGUUCCCAGGAAAGCCCUUCGCCGUCCUAACCUGCAUGGUCUACGGGCGCCAAAUCCUCGAACAAAACCUGAACCUCGUCUCCGACUACAAGUUCGGCUUCUACAUGAAGAUUCCCGAGAAGGAGAUGUUCAUCGGGCAAGUGUGGGGCACCCUCCUCGGGCCCUUCAUCAACUACGGCAUGAUGCGCUUCAUCAUUAAUAACGAAGGCCCCAAACUGACCGGCAAAAUCGUUUCCCAAGCCUGGAACGCGGUUCGUACCCGGAACUUCUACUCCCAAUCCGUGCUCUGGGGUGUCCUUGGCCCAAAGGUCUUCUUUGGCUCUGGUUCCCCCUACGCAUGGGUCUACUACGGCUUCCUCGUCGGGCCUAUCUGCGUGUUAAUCACCUAUGGCAUCCACAAAUGGAAACCCCAUUGGAAAAUCGAGACCAGAUUCAAUCCUGUGCUAAUCUUCUCUGGCGGUGUCUGGUUCCCGGUUUACCAGACCGCGAACCUGUUGACUAGCUCUGCUGUCUCUGCUUUCUUUAUGGGAUACGUUUACCAUUACCACCCCAUUUGGUUCAGGAAGUAUAACUACUUGCUUGGUGUUGGCCUGGAUUGUGGUACGCAGCUUAUGCAAACCGUUAUGGUAUUCAGUCUUAAUCUGCCGAAUAAGACGUUCCCGCUUUGGUGGGGGAAUAAUGCAGAUGCCUCUGAUCGGUGCUUUCCGCCUGCCAGUCUGCCUCCGAGUGCGAUGAAUUAA